GACUGGGUACAACCAAUGGCCUGAGGAUAGUUAUAUGGUCCUGUUGCUCAAUAAGGCGUGGAAGAUUUGACAUACCCCUUAUAUUCACUGAAAAACUGAGACCACGCAAUGGCUCUGAACAAGAAUAAUUCUGAAUCAGGAGGCGUCAUCAUCAACAACAGCGAAAGCGUGUUGAUGUCCUAUGAAAAUGUGGAACUUGUCUUCAGUGAUGCAGACGGCCUGCCAGAGCCCUUUAGGAAGAGCAAGAAGGGAAGUGUCUACCUAACCCCAUACCGGGUCAUCUUUCUGGCUAAAGGGAAGGAUGCUCUGCAGUCCUUCAUGAUGCCUUUCUACCUAAUGAAGGGAUGUGAGGUCAAACAGCCAGUGCUGGGAGCCAAUUAUAUCAAAGGCACAAUAUCAGCUGAGCCAGGGGGUGGAUGGGAGGGAUCUGCUACCUUUAAACUGAUCUUCAUUGCCGGGGGAGCUAUUGAGUUUGGACAGUAUAUGCUACAGGUUGCAGCACAGGUGUCCAGAGGCCAGCCGGUUGCUGGGAACUUUGGUUGUCCUUACAUGGCAAAUGGAGCGUAUGCUUACCCACCACCUCCGGCACCUAACGGCAUGUACUCCGCCGGACCCCCACCAGGCUACUCCUACCCAGCACCACCACCUCCAGCAGGAUUCUACCCCAAUCCUCCAACUUUUGAUGGUCCAGCAGCAUACAUGCCCCCUCCCCCAUACUCAGAACCACUAGGCCAGUCUCCUCCCGACCUGGACAUGCCCAGAACCCCCGCAGCGGAGGCUAAGGCAGCAGAGGCAGCCGCCAGUGCAAGUGCAGCCACGCUCUCUCCAUCGCAUGUGUACCUACCAGAGGACAAGCCUCCACCCUACUCUCCUCCUGAGGACAAGAAGAACCAGUAGAUGGCACCUCAGCAGAACCCCUACACUUUCCUCUCUGUUAUUCUGUCCUUCUCUCACACGCCAAUCACAUUAUCCAUCAGACCCUGACCCUAACCAGCGAACACGACAUGUAUGAGAUUGGCCUUUAGGCUGGAAGGAUCCCUGGAGAUUGACCAGUUAAGAGCAGAGACCAGGAAGAGGAAGGAGGCGGAAGAACUGACUAGAUCAAUUGUUUCAGAGGUUGUAGAUGUGAGGUACCACAGUCGUAUUGCAAGACUGUUUUAACAGCAGGGACCAGUGGUGAGUAGCGAUAGCAGUAAUGACUGUAUUGACUGUUUGAGCAAUUACAUGCACCUGUGAAAUGUUCUGAAUCAAAUGUGUAGAAAAUGUACAGUUGAUGAUUUUAUAUAGAUGGAUUAAAUGAGAAGAUGGAUACGUAGACACAUUCCAAAAGAACAGCCGAUCUCUGAUGUAUCCCUAAUCCCAGAUGAAGUGAUUUGGCUGAUAAUACCAGAUUUAAGAUUUACUGUAUUCUUUGCUGCAGCCUGUUUGUUUUGUCACAUACGUCUAAAACUCAGAUCAGUAAAAACAUGUCCUCCGUGGUCUUGUCAGAUUUUCAGAUGUGUCAUUCUCCUGGUAUUAAGCAAAAUAAGCUAGAUCAAAGUAAUUUCAUCUCGGCGAUCCGCAACAGCAUCUGUCUAGUAGCAUGAAGCAGUCGCAGACUAAUUUUGCACUUUAAUAUAAACCGUCAUCUCCUUUUCUCUCUAUCUAUAAAUUAUUUCUGUCUGUAAUGUUUAAUUUAUCAACUAAUUUAUUUGAAUAGCAAAAUGUCAGACCAGUGAAGCAUGGUGUCUAUUAAAAAAGUAUGACGUGUAAUUUGUUUUAAUAAAGUA